AUGGAGCAGGCAGGAGACGCAGCUGAUGGUACCGAGGGCCAUAAUGAGGUACUACUGGGAGGGGACGCUGCCUGUGAACCCUCAACAAGUGCGGCCGGAAAGGAGGCACACCUUGCCACGAAUCACAAUGGUCAGCAGAUGACGGUGUUCAAGGAUGCACAUCCGUGGGAAGCUACAGCUGGACAGUUGUUCGGCAGUUCCGAGAAACCACCAGGAUCGCCGUCAAGCACGACAGCGCCUCCUGUUCGCAAGCUGGCGGUCGCAUCGAAAGUGCCGGCGAAGCGUCUGCUAUGCGGAGCCAAAUCGGAUGCCGCGCUGUUCCCGAGUCCUGCACCGCACUACACCCGCUCACUGAGCAAAUCGGACUUAAUGGAGCUGAAGCGAAGCAUCGUCAAGUCGGACUUCAAGCCUGUUCAAGAUCCGCUCUCAGCACCGAAGCUGACGAAGAAUCAUUCAUUCGACUGUCAUCCAUGGCACCAUAGUCCAGUAUUCGGGAUUGGUGUUUCGGAAUCCAAUCGAACGUCGCGGUGUGGCUGUGAAAGUGUCCUCGAUUCCGAAGAAAGUGAUCAUUCUCGACCGUCAGUUCUGUUUCCGUCUGUCCGGUGA